GGAAUUUCCAAAAUGAUUUCGCCAACCGCCAUUUUGUUUCAAUACUUAUAGACAAAUGUAGACAGUCUCAUCCCACCAUUUUUCUAAACGUACCCCUCCUGAUUUGUUGGAGCACAUGAGUCCAAUUAAAAUGAGACAGGCACACCUAUCUGAUAAAAUUAAAACAGAAAUCGGACCAAGUUCACCAUAUACAAAAGAUUCUACAGACACCAAUGGUGAGAAAACAACAGAUAGCCCACCACUUUCUAAUGAAAUUGACAGCAAGUUACGUAAGACAACCAGUGAAAAAGAAACACUACGCCCACCCAAUGCAUCACCAAAUUCAAGAAACAAAGACACGAAAUCAUUCACUAAACGAACAGAAAACUGGACGAAUGGUGAAAAAACUAUCCUCCUUCGGUUGGUAAAAACGAAAAGGGAAAUCAUUGAAACAAAGCACCGAAACAAAGAUGCUAAAGAACAAAGGAACAAAGCAUGGGAUCAGAUUCUCGCGGAGCUUAAAAGCAAAUGUCCAAGAUUUGCAAAUAUCAGCACCAACUGCGUUAAAGAACAGUACCAGCGGUUGAAGAGUCAGGUUAAGAAGUAUCUAACAAAGCCAGAUGACUCUAAAACCAGUGGAGAGGCCCACAAUAACAUUGCCAUAGUGAAACUCAUGUGUGAUAUUUGUCAAGAGGAGUUUAAAGAUUUCAACCCAAUAAGGAAUGAUGAUGAGGAUGAUAAUACUAGCGAUAGAAACAAGGACAAACUUAAGAUCACUGAUGAAUUACUUGAAGAAGAAGUUUCAGUUAAUUACUUCUCUAGCAGGACUCCUGAUGAAGAAAAAGAUUUCCCAGAACCCAAUCCUAAGAAAGACCCAAGUAGAACAACAAACUACUCACCAGCAACUUUUAAAGCCUCAUCACCAGACCAUGUUAAACUGGAACCAACAAACAGCAACAGAGUCGCAGAAGAUCGGGAAAUGCGUGUACACGAUCAAAAACAAUUCAGUAAUCUACAUAAACUGGUCGUAAGUCAAAAUCCGUACAAGCUAGAAAUUGGAAAACACAAUGAUGUUCAAUCGGAAAAAGUGCUGUCUACUGAUGUAGAUGUCCAUCCCAGACAAGUAAACAGCGAUUUUAAUAGUGUUAAUUCCACUGAUACGGUCACCUUUGAACGCAACAAUGACGAAUUGAAAAACCUUAGAAGUAAACAUCAACAGUUGUAUUCGUCUGAAGUAAAGUACCCUGCUGGUAAUGUAAUAAGACGACAAAAAACCCCAUACGGUAUCAUGACGAUCUGUUCACAAGAAGAUUCACUAAUAUCAUCAUCAGACCUGUCUGAAAUUGAGAAAAGUAAUUAUGUGUUAAUGCCAUCCCGUGAUGAGUAUGUAAGAAGCCAUUCUCCUAUAGGUAACUACAACUCUGACAAUGCAGCGAGACCAUUUGAAGACGAAUACAACACAUUGGAGAAUCGUCAUCGUUUAGUUAAAUCAAAAGGUGAUUUAUCAGUCACAGAUGACGACUUACAACACACAAGUCAACCUGAUUCUACGAUUAAUAAUACAAAAGUUUUCACCCGACAAAAAAACAUCCUUCGUCCUAGUAGAUUGUUUGAACCGUAUAACCCUUUCUACUCACAUACCGAUAUAAAUCGAAAUAAAUCAAGUAUUGACUAUUCUCCUACCAAAAAACCUCGAGCACAUUCUCCCGUCUCUCCUCCGAGUUACACAAAUUAUAAAACUCAAAUUCUCUGGUCGUCGUUACAAUCCCCUGAAGAACAAUUUGACAACCCAAAGGAUAAGCAAGAUAAGACUGAAAUUAACAGCUAUUUAGGUAUUUAUUCAUAUCCUGGUAUAGAUCGGGAUAAAUCAAGCAGUGACUUUUCUCCUACCAAAAAACCUCGAGUUCAGUCCCCUGCCGAGACUCAACAAUUUUCUUCUAUGUACUACACAUUGGGUAAACCUCAGAUUUCUAGGUCAUCGUCACAGUCCUCUGAUGAACAAUUUGACAACCAAAAGGAUAAGCAAGAUACGACUGAAAUCAACAGCUGUAUAGGACCAUAUCAAGAGGACAUAGACAUUCAUAAAGAAACCGUAGAACUGAGUCCCUCUAAUACCACCAUGUCGUCCGUUCCAAGUUUAAAUCGAAAUGUAAACAAAAGAACUAAAAAUCUGAAAUGUUUUAUCAACACCAAAAGAAGAUACGAGGUGCAAGAACUUCGACUACAGAAAGAAAAACACGUCGAAGAGAUGAGAAUGGCCAGAGAAAAACAUGAGAUAGAAAUGGAAAUGUUGAGAAUAAAAAAACAGGCUCUAGAACAUCAUUUACAACAGGUGAUUAAAUCCUCAGAACAGCCGUCACAGCAUACGUCACAUAUAUCUGACGUGUUAAUAUCGGAAGAACGCCUUUCAAAACGGAUGCCAAAUACAUCGGGGAUCUUCACGACAACACAAGAAAUACUGAACGACACGAGUUGUACUCUAUACAACUUCUAGCUAGCAAGACUCAACACAAAAGUAAACGUAGUUCACUAAAGGCGUGCAUGAUUGUGCCGUUCACCUCAACGUAUUUUAUCCGUUGGUUUAAUUGAAACUUUAUGAAAUGUUUAAUAAACGUCCCUUGCACUAUGCGGUUUGAAAAAAAAGAAGUCAAUCAAUCAAUCUAAACACUACAAGAUUCGCGUAAAAAAAAAUUAAUGUACAAUUAUUGCCCAUAUGUACCGAAAGAAGAUUUAAUAUUUAUAUCAUUUAUAAAUAAUCGGAAAUCCAUUCUCCCAAAACGAAAAAAAGACAGUAUACUAAUAAGAAAGGCAAUGUAUAGUCAUAAAUAAAAUUCCUUAUCCACAUCUAGAGAUGUAUUAUUUAAACAUGUGUGAUUUGAUAAUUUAUCAAAUAGAUGUUAGGGCCUAUAUCGAUAUUUUCACAACAACAUAAUUGGGGAUUUCGGUAUUUUGUGUGACAAUGGAAGUAUUUCUGCAUUUUCAGUUCUUCUUCUUCUUCGUUCUUAAUUUUUAGUGUUGGAUGGGAUCGAGCCUUAUUUGCCAGAGGGUUUUGAACAUUUGCCGACUCGACCACACCUCCAUCACAAUUAAGGAUACGUAUCAACUGGUUAUGCGCCAUUGGGGUAAUUGACUCCGAUUUCAGCCUGCUUUUCUUUUUGGAUUUGCUUGCUAGCCUUUGUUUGAUUUUUGGUGUUGUCUCUCAUAGAAGCUAACGGGCCUCAUCUGCCCGAGGGUUCGAACUCGAGACUUUUCGGUUAAGCAACCAUGAGCUUUACCGACUCGACCACGCCGACCCCCGCAUUUUCAGUUACAUAGUUGGAUAUAUCGUUAUUUUCGAAGUCACAAAGCUAAGGGUAUAUCAGCUUUUUACGAUUUCCAGUAGCUAAGUACUCUACCUACAUUUGCGACCAAUUAAUAUUUCUUCCCCAAAACAAAUAAAAUGAUUUAGAUAAAUGUAAGUAAAGUAAGUAAAGAUUCCUCUUUAGACCUUACGAUCCA